GCUGUUUUCUAUAUUUUAUAUAUUAUUUACUUUGUUAACUUGGUAAUAAAAAGUAAAUUUAUUAAUCAUCUGAUAAUCUUCCACUUUCAGUCAACAUAUAUACACUUUGGACCAUAACAUCGUGAUAGUACAAGUCAUAAAUAUUUAUUUAAGUGUCAAGUUCUCUGGUUUUAUUCAUCAAGAAGUUUUACAUUCAAGUAAUUAAUUAAUUAACCAAAUAAUUAAUUUAUUAAGUAAAUAAAGAAAUAGCGCAAGAAGAAAUAACAAUAAUUAUUUUUAAAUUAAAUUUAAAAGAUUUUCUAACCUCAACGGUGAUAACAAUAAAGUUAUUUUUGUUUUUGUCGUACGUAUUUUAAUUGAAAAGUUGACAUGAUGAAAAACUUAAUUUUAACAAGAGAAACUCAUCGUUUGACGGUAGAUCAACGUAUAUUUUAUGAAACAAAUGGUUAUUUGGUAAUACCACAAUUGAUAUCAAAUGAUUUAUUGGAAAAAUGUAAACAAAGAUUUGAUGACAUUGUUGAUGGAAAAGUCGAUCGUGGUAUGAUGACAGUAAUGCGUGAUGUAAUUGAUCGAAAAUCAGUCAAUAAAAUUCAAGAUAUUAAUCAUGAUUCAAUAUUUCGUUCUUAUAUUGAGAACAAGAAAAUUUUAGAUACCGUUGAAAUAUUUACUGGCCCUAAUAUUAUUGCAAUGCACAGUAUGCUUAUUGCUAAACCUCCUGAUUCUGGACUUGAUAGCAGCAGACAUCCACCUCAUCAAGAUUUAUAUUAUUUUCCAUUCCGACCAGCAGACUCAAUAGUCGCUGCAUGGACGGCUAUAGAAUCUUGUGAUACUUUAAAUGGUUGUCUUUUCGUAGCACCUGGGUCCCAUAUUCCUCAAAAACUGUAUCCACAUACUUACCCAAAAAAUAAUAACGCAAUUAACAAAUUUUAUCAUGGUAUUUAUGAUUUACCAGAAUCUAUAAGAUGGAUUGAUUUGGAAAUGGAACCCGGUGAUACUGUAUUUUUUCAUCCGUUAUUAAUUCACGGUUCAGGUGUUAAUAAAUCAAAUCGUACGCGAAAAGCUAUAUCCUGUCAUUACGCAUCUGCUGAAUGUCAAUAUAUUGACGUACGAGGGACUGUUCAAGAACCUAUUCGUAAUGAAGUAUUAGAGUUGGUACGAAAACGAUAUCCAGGUGCGAACAUUGACUACGAUGAAAUUUGGCGCAUCAAAUCUUCGAUAGUUCGUGGAAUUCGCUCUUCACUCUAAAGAAAUAUAAAAAAAAAAACAACGAAGCAAACGAUUGAAAAACGAAACAAAGAGGGAUUGUGGUACCCCGGCUGCAAGGUAUAUCGAGAUGGGCCACCCCAAUUGUUUAAUAAACAACUCAAGUGACUAAGGCGACCAUGAGACCGGGACAUCGUCACCGGCGACGGGAUGUUUAUAUUCUCAUUUUACUCGUCAAUGAGAGAAGACCAUUAAGUUUACAUAUUCUUUUGUAUAAUUUAAAAUAUAUACAUAAGUAUUCCAUUUUAAAUAAUACAAAAUAUCUAAUAAAUGUUCAAACGGCUCACUUAAAAAAAUCAGUAUCCGAAAUUUUCGGAAAUAAAUUAUAAUAUUGUAUACAUUUAUACAAAAAUAACUCAAUUAAAUUAAUAUAUUUUUUCAAGUAUUAGAAAUAAAAUAUUGAUAUACUUGCCAAAGUAUAAUUUUAUGUACUGACU